AUGACUGAGUCUCAUCACGCUCCUCUCCAAGAUGAGGUCCCUUCUUCAAGGCAACCAGCCUCUUCUGUCUAUUCUAAAUACAAAAAGUUUGUUUUGCCACUAUUUGGACUAUUGACAUUGUGUCUAGCUUAUACUAGCAGCGUUACUAAACCUGCCUCAAAUUCUGUUUUUAAAGGCCCUGUUUCUCUACAAUGUAAAAAACCUGAAUCUUAUCGCCCAUCGUUCAAUAAGUCCGUGAAUUUGAUCCUGAAUGAUGAGCAAUUUAAAAUAGACUCGAUAAAGAAGUUGUCUGGCGCCAUUCAAAUUCCUACAGAAAUUAACGACGUCAACCCUUCUCCAGACGAUGACCUAGAUUACUAUUCGGAGUUUUUCAAACUUCACAAGUAUUUUGAAGAAACUUUCCCCCUUAUUCAUUCUCAUCUGAAGGUAGAAAAAGUCAACAAAUUAGGUUUGAUAUAUACGUGGGAAGGUACUGAUCCGAGUUUGAAGCCAAUUCUAUUUAUGGCGCAUCAGGACGUGGUGCCUGUUAAUAGAGAAAUGUGGGAUUCUUGGGAGUAUCCACCAUUUUCAGGUCAUUAUGAAGCAGCAACGGAUUAUGUCUGGGGUCGUGGCUCCAAUGAUUGUAAGAAUUUAAUGCUUGCUGAAUUAGAAGGUAUAGAACAACUGCUUGCGGAUGGUUACCGGACGAAAAGAACUGUUAUAUUAUCAAUGGGGUUUGAUGAAGAAUCGAGCGGUUUAAUGGGGGCCAAUGCUUUAGCACCAUUUUUGCUAGAAAAAUACGGACCGGAUAGUAUGUUUUCGAUUAUUGAUGAAGGUGCUGGACUCCUAAGGCUGGAUAAGAAUCUAUACAUUGCAGCAGCUGUAAAUGCUGAGAAGGGCUACGUUGACGUUAAGAUAUCAGUUCAUGGCCAUGGGGGUCAUUCAUCGGUACAACCUGACCAUACUACCAUUGGUGUUGCAUCAGAAUUGAUAUAUAUGAUGGAGAACCACCCAUUUGAAUAUAAUUUCUCACUUGACAACCCCGUUUACGAUGUAUUACAAUGCGCUGCUGAACACUCUAGUUAUUUGCCGCCACACGUCAGAGAUGCAAUCUUAGAAGCGCCUGUAGAUGAGAACAAGAGAAAAGUUUUAACUGAAUUUGCAGCAUCUCACCCCUACAUACGUGAUUUGAUAAGAACAACUAGAGCUGUGGAUGUUAUUAACGGUGGUGUCAAGGCGAAUGCUUUGCCAGGAUUAACUAACUUUGUUGUUAAUCACAGAGUAGAUAUUCAUUCAUCCGUUAAUGAAACUGUAGAGAAUGAUUUGUACUGGGCUAAAGUCAUUGCCGAAAAGCAUGGCUACGGUUUGUCUUUCCAUGACGAAGUGAUUAUCCCAGAAACUAAGCUUGGUCACAUUUCUUUAGCAUGUGAAAAGAUGCUAGAGCCAGCUCCAGUAUCGCCGAUCUCAGGACAUGUUUGGGACAUUUUUGCGGGUACUGUUCAAAACCUGUUUCAAAACGAAAUCCUGGCUGAGGAAGAAGAUGCGGAUGUCUACGUUACGGGUGGUUUGUUUUCCGGUAAUACUGACACGAAGUAUUAUUGGGACUUGAGCAGAAAUAUCUAUAGGUUUGUUGCAGGUAUAUUUCCCUUUGAUCAAUUGAAAACAAUUCAUUCUGUCAAUGAACACAUUUCAGCUUCUUCACAUGUUUCAGCCGUCGCUUUCGUUUAUGAGUACAUUGUUAACGUCAAUGAAUAUGGCCACGAUUAA